AUGCGCCUUCGAACAUGGGAGCUGCUCCAAGGUGAUUGGGAGCUGCUCUCCAACUUCCGCUGGGCUCCUUCCACCACGCGCGAUCCGCAGUCUGAAGUCGAGGAUGACGCGUUGUCUGUGGCUUCGGCAGACUCUCAGUUCUCGAUCACCAGCGUUUGUACAGUGCACGGAUGGCCUGCCUUGGGCCCCCCUGGACAGUGGGUGGCUCUGGAAGAUGGGGCUUUUGCUUCCAUGAAAGAGGCCUUGCUCCAUGGCGGAGGUGGCUUGGAGGGCGAAAAGGCCUUGGAGAUGCAGAAAGGUCCGAUCCCGAAGCGCAUGGCCAGGUGCUUUGUGAAUGGAUAUCGCCCCAGGAAGAUGAAGCACUUGCCAGCCAUCGAUGAGGAGCUGGAUGCUGAUCAGGACCUGAUGUUGUGUGAUGAUUCAACGUUUCGGGGCUCCCCCACAAAGUUUCUGGGGCUCCUCAUGAUGGCUGACUGCCCGAUCAGGAUGGGUGCAGUGAGCCUUCCAAGCACUCAAGGUGACGAGAAGUCAGAGGACUGGUGGCUCCGCAAGGGUCAAGGCUCGUUGCUGGCGCUGCGCCGCUGGAAGUACGAUCGCCGGCCCAGCAGCUGCAACGAGCAGCGGCGAGAGGCCGUGGGGCGCUUGGAGCCGACCUGGGAGUAUGAAAGUGCCCUGGACCUAGUCAGAAACGGACAAGGGCAUCGCUACUAG